AUAUCAAUCUAUUAUCUAAGAAUAAUUAUAAAAAAACGAAUGAAAAAAUCACGGUGAAACCCAUGAUUGUGAGGAAACAAUGAGAUCAGGUGCGAGCCCGUAAAUAUUAAUAAACAUUUAUUUAAUUUGCCCCGUAUUUCCACGCUUGGAAGUGUUCGUGCGUUGUAAAAGGCGACCAGUGUUAUUUCGGCGCGUUGCUGAUAUUGUCCUUACGUCUCUUUAAAUGUGUGGGCUGGCUAUGUUUUAUUUAGGUCACGCCGUCGAAAUGUUGAACCGCACGUGAAAACCUCUUCGAAUCGUCCAGUUUUCCACGUCCCUCACCAUUAUAUAAUUAACAAGAAGUCGAAAAACCGAGCGUACUACAAUUUAAAGUCGGAGUGGAUUUUCAAAUCGCAUCGGUUUUGCCGCCAACGAAAUCAGAUGUUGAUUGUAUUUUCGUUGUAAUGUGCAGAAUCCGCCGAGCUGUGUGAUAUCCGCCAGACACCGAACGGCACGUCGAAAUCAUCCGUUUCGUGGUGGACGAGGCAUCGCGGAAAUCGGGGUAAUCACAGGAGACGUGUCCAGCCGCCCCCACCGACCUAUACCAUUUGUUGAUCGGGCCCUCGCCGUUCGGACGGUCCGCUGUCAGUGGGCUUUUUCAGCAUCGUAAAAUUCGGAAAACUGUGCGCCGCGAACGGGACGGUCGGGUGCCAACUACGGGCCGGACGCACCGAGCAUAUGUUUUAUUAAGCGAGAAUGUGCCCCGAUCCAAAGUAAAUGCCUUCGUUUACGCUCAUGAAUGAAUUGGAUAACGUCGCAUUGUAACAUCAAUGUUUUCUGGAGAUGGUGUGUAAGGAGGACGUAUUAUCAUGGUUUAAGGACUUGGACAGUUAUAAGAGAAUAGAUGUCUUGUACAACCUAUUAAAUAUGUGUCUUCCUUUCGAAUUGCGCUUUUUGGGCAGUUGUGUGGAGGAGAUGGGCAAGCAUACGUAUCAGGAGUUCAGGGGGCUCGCCAUAACCGCCAACGACCACGAGAAGCUAUCCAAAGACAGCACCUUCGAUGGUGGCUUCCAAGACAAGAAUGUGAGGCAUCGACUGGCACUCUAUCUGUCCCUGUUGUCGUCCCGUAACUACGCCGCCGCCAAUUUUUUAUACAAAAAGUUGUCCAGGACAGAUUUCGUUGAAGAAAUAGUGAAAGGACAUGUGCAAGAUGAACAGUUACACAGUGAGACUCUGUUGUUGUUUACUAUGGCCCUGUACCACCCUGCAUUUACCUUUGAACAGAAACAAUAUUUUGGACAGGUACUUAGUAGGCUAAUUGAUUUUAGUGACAGUAAAAACAGGAUAGCACCCAAACCCAGUAUGUAUGGUUACCCACCAGGGUUUGGAUAUCCCACUACUUCCAAAAAGAGCGCAUCCGAUACUUCAUCGUCUGUGCCAGUGAAAUCGGCCUCGACAAUGUGCUAUAGCGACUCGACGACGAUGCACCAGCAGCCCCCCGGCAUGCCGCAUCUGCAACCCCACUCCAUGGACUACAUUUGGACGCCGCGACCGGGCUUCCACUGUGCCGGCGCCCCCGAGGUACCACCGUUCCCGACCCAACCCAUAUCGCCGCAGUUGAGCCAGCACGGCUCACCGAACCAGAGCAGGAGCGGGUCACCUCUGCGGACGUCGCAGAUGCGUCCACCUCCCUCACAGAGCCACAUGUCGUCGAUCCCCGUCGUGUCGGCGGCCGUCCUGAGCGCCGGCGAGCCCAUGAUGCCGCAACAGCCGUCGCAACAGCAACUCACCAUCGAGACCCUCCCUCUGUUCACGGGAGAACUCAAGUUGUCCGAAGAUGAGCUUCCUUUGCCGUCCGUUUUGAGCGACGACGAACUGGUGGGCCUCAGACUGCCCGGCCAGUCGUUGCCGCCGCCGUGGCAGUCCCAGCCGCCGCAACAGCAACAGCAGACGGUGGUACCGCCGCCGCCACCUCACUACGGUCUCCAGAACGGGCUGCGGUACCCCCCGCCGGCAGCCGCGUUCUCGAAACCGCAGCAGCAACAGCGCGGCGGACUGCCGCCGCCCCUGGAACAACUGCACGUCCUCACGCUCGACGACCAGCUACCGCACCACUCAAACUCGUCGGCGGCCAGCGACAGCGGCAGCAGCCCGAACCGGACGCCGCCGGGCACCCCGUCGAACACCGUUGCCCCCGUCGCCCUCUCGGCCACCGUGGUGCCCACCUUGCCCCACGGACCGGGCAGGGGGAGCGGCGCCAGCAGCGAUUGCAAGGUGCGCAACGGCAUCCCAGUCGUGGCCGCGCCGCUGUGCGACACCACGUCGCCGCCGCCGCUGCCCUUCAACAGCUGUUCAGGCCCGUUCGGUGGCUACGGCCAGUUCCCGACCCGCUACCCGUACAGCAUACCGGGCCCGUACAGGUCGACGUUCACCGGCCAGUAUCCGACGUACACGGGACCGCCGCCCCUACAGCAGGGUGGCGCCGCCGCCCCGGCCGACAACGGCUCGUUCGCGUUCACCCAAUCGAUACCGUACGGCUCGUUGAUGACCGUGCCGUCGACCUACAGUCUGCCGUUCCCGUCGAGGAGCGUGCCGCCCGGUUGCUACAACUGCGGGGCGCACUCGCACGCCGGCGCCGACUGCACAGCACAGAACAUCGACGAGAUCACGCAGAAGAAGUCGUACCAUUUGGAUUACUCGCCGAUGACGGGGGACCCGGACAAAUGAUGCAGUGUGUAGGUGCGUGUGCCGCCUCCGCUACGCGUGACUAUACGAGAACGGUUCCCGUACUGGUUGUUCUUUUAUUUUAACAGAGAUCGUGUGUAACAUAGGCUGAAACUGUGUAAUUAUUGUAUAAAGUUUAGUUGAAUGCUUGAUUUUUACCAAAUCGUUUAAUCGUUCUGGAUAAAAAUGGUUUUUUAAGGACUUUUGUGCAUAUCUAGUGCCUCAGCGCUCGUGUCCUCGUUUUAUAUUUCGUGGAAGAAUAACACGUUAAACUAAAUCCUGUUGUCGGACGUACGGCUCAGUUCCAGUCAGUCUCUCUAGUCUAUUGGCAGACGUAGUUUUUAGAUGUGCGCAAACGCAAAAACAGUCUUGAGAUUUUUAUUUUACGUCCUACCCCCGGUCCCGAAUUCGUUGCACUGAUUUUUUUUUAUUCUAGAGCCUUUUUAUGGAAUCUCUUCAUUUUUCAUUAGUUUUAUGCCACUUUGUUUGUUUAAUUUUUGAAGUACUGCAAUACUUACUUAAUAUUUAUAAUUUUUUAGGGUCAUAUUUUGUUUGCUUUCAGUUUUUUUCCAUUACUUUUAUUUGUUAUCAAUUUCCUACGAUUGUGUUAUUACUUUUACCGUAUUUAUUGAGUUAAUUAAUUAAGAAUACGUACGUACAUAUAUAGAAUACAUAAAAUUGAGGCUCUUUUUUAUAUAAUUGAACAACAAAAUUUGCAUCAGUUUUAACUGAUUGGGUUUUGCUUGUGUGGUUAUAUCGAAAUAGUUAAGUCAGUGGAUUUGUUGAAAAUUAUGUUGUGUUGGUUCGUCUCACAUCUCAACGAUUGUAGAAACAUGAUAUAUUUAAAAAAAUAUUGAUGUAUAUAUUUUUGUAUUAAAGUUAAUUAAACUUGAGAAAGUAAUACAUUGUUUGUAAUGUUUAUUUCUCAAUACCAGAGACCAAAUAUCAAAAUUAUUUUUGCAUUUGUGAUAAAUUACGUAAUAUUGUUUGUAAAGUGAAAUCCACCUAGACACGAAUUGAUGCUCUGUAAGACAAAUUGUGAGUAUAAUUACCAAUAAUUAAUUUAUAAGAAUAUAUGUUGAUUUGUUGUGAUUUUGUUAUUACAUUAAAAAUGUCAAUAUUGUCUUUCUA